GUUUGUUCCAGGUUAACUGAGGCUUUGAACACAUUCCUGAAAAAUGAUGCUCUCUCGCUCCGCCGUCAACGUGCAGGCCAAGCUGACCAAGAAGGGCAGCGCAGGUCCCAAGAAGGCGGCUCCUCCUUCUGGUCAGCGCAAGACCAUCCGCGAGCGUGCCGGCUGGUGGGGCAACUCCGAGCGCCUGGCCCAAUGGUACGGUCCCGAGCGCAGCCUGUGGCUGGGUCCUCUGUCCGGCUCCACGCCCGCUCACCUGACCGGCGAGUUCCCCGGCGACUACGGCUGGGACUCCGCCGGCCUGUCGGCUGACCCCGAGACCUUCAAGCGCUACCGCGAGCUGGAGCUGAUCCACGCCCGCUGGGCCAUGCUUGGCGCCCUGGGCUGCGUGACCCCCGAGCUGCUUGCCAAGAACGGCACGCCCAUUGCUGAGCCGGUGUGGUUCAAGGCGGGUGCGCAGAUCUUCCAGGAGGGCGGUCUGGACUACCUGGGCAACGCCGGGCUGGUGCACGCGCAGUCCAUCCUGGCCACCCUGGCAUGCCAGGUGGUGCUGAUGGGCGCCGUGGAGGGCUACCGUGUGAACGGAGGCCCCGCCGGCCAGGGUCUGGACAAGCUGCACCCCGGUGGCGCCUGGUUCGACCCCCUGGGCCUGGCUGAGGACCCUGAGACCUUCGCCGAGCUCAAGGUCAAGGAGAUCAAGAACGGACGCCUGGCCAUGUUCUCCAUGUUCGGCUUCUUCGUGCAGGCCAUCGUGACCGGCAAGGGCCCCAUUGAGAACCUGGAGUCCCACCUGGCCGACCCCGGCGUCAACAACGCCUUCGCGUUCGCCACCAAGUUCACCCCUAGCGCGUAAACCACCAUUUACCACCUGA